AUGGCCGCCGAGGGCACCAUCUUGCGCCUCUGGGCAGUGCGCGGGCAGGCAAAGAGCAGGCAGUCUCGGUGGCCCCUUCUCGCCAUCAAGUUUUUGGAUAAGAAGAGAGUGGAGUCCCGUCCAGAACAUGUCCUGGACGUCGGUGCCAGGCGCCUGAAGAUAGUCAUCCGGCCGGGAGAAGGGCACCUGAGCCAGAGCCCGUUUACAGCACAGGCCUCCACCAGCCACUCCCUCCCUUCUGGCUCUUCCCCAGCUCUGCAGAGGUUCACGGAGCAGCAGGCAGCCAAAGGCCACGGACACACGGCCGGAGAAGCCAUUACCAAAAAGAUAUUUCUUACAGUAUCUGCAACUUUGAAUACCAGCAUGUUCACUGAAGAGCAAAGAGAGAAAAUCACCAUUAUAUGUCCAAAUUUAAAAAGAGAAGAAAAUCCUGAUAUCGCUGGCUCUGAGAAGUUGACAGGCGAUUUUACAGAUAUUGAAAAAGCUUAUCACUACUUUAAGGAUAUUCUUGCAGGCAACAACCCAAACCGUGGUUUUUCACAUUCUGAAAGUAGGAAUAGUUUGAAGGAUGAAAAUGGUCUGAAUACUGAAGAGGUGAAUGAGCUUACAGUUCUGUCAGCUCUCUAUGAAUAUUUCAGUCAUACCUGCAAAGAACAAAUCAAACUACUACGGGAACUUUUUGGAGUGCGUAUAAGAAGUAAAGAAUGUCACAAUGGAACCACAUCAGUAUGCUUGAUUUCUGAUAAAAGUCCUGCAUCAAUACAAGAAGCUAAUGAUUUUUUUAUCGGAACUUUUCAGAAAAGUGUAGAAGGUCUGAAACAGGAGAAAAUUCCCAUAAUGAACAGUUACACAUUAAAUGAAACAAUAAUGAAAUUAAAUGCUAGGUUCAGUAAUCUUCUCGCCAAAGAGGAAGGGAAUCAGUUGCUACUCCGUGGUCCAGCAAGCGAGAUUUUAGAGGCCAAAAAAUUUCUAGCAGAGAACUGUUCUAGAGAACAGCCUCUUAUAGAGAACAGUCCAGUGGACAAAAAUGUGAAGAUAUCGUCUGAACUGUACAAAUACAGGAAUGGAAUUGAAGUUGAUGCUUCUGUGUUUAAAUUGUUGGAAACAAUAUUAAGCAGAGUAAUAGAAGACAUUAAAGACAAAUUUGAUACAGCAAUAGAAAAGAAAGACAUAUCACGUGGUCACAGGAUGCUCAUAGUAUUUACGCCUAAGAGCAAAACUUUUGAUAUGUCUUCACAUGCUACUGAAAGUUUCAUCAGUGAAUUUCAGAGUGCCUCUGCAAUGCUAACAGAAAAACUCAUCAGCUUGAAGCUUUCAGAAGACCAGAAGAAAAGAUUAAAUAUGCUACUUAAUGGAAAAGUAUUGGAAGACCUGCAUGUAAAACUUAAGAAAGAGGAGGACAAAUUCAUCUUAAGUGGUUUACCAAACCAUCUUUAUGCGGCCGAAAAUCACAUUAUGAACCUUCUUGACAUUACAGACUCAACACAAACUAAAAAUAGGACAUCACUGUCCUCUGAUCUCAGCUACCAAGAAGCUACGGUAGCAUCUGAGAAGAAAUAUAAUUUCAGGCAAAAGAAUAGUUUUUCUUCUGAAGGACAGGCUAAGGCAAAGACAGAAAAAGACGACGAAGAUGUGUGUCCGAUUUGCAUGGAGAGAUUUAGUAAUAAGGAAAUACUGGAAAAGUGCAAUCAUGCGUUUUGCAAAAGUUGCAUUAACCAGGCCAUGAUUUAUAAGCCAUGUUGUCCGGUUUGCGGUAUGUUCUAUGGACCCAUGAAAGGAGACCAACCAGAGGGAACAAUGUCAAGUAUAACAUUGUCUUCAUGUCUUCCUGGUUAUCCCAGUUGUGGUACUAUUAUGAUUACAUACAAUAUGUACAGUGGUAUUCAAACUAAAAGCCAUCCAAAUCCAGGGAAACGUUAUGCUGCAACUUCUCGAACAGCGUAUUUACCUGACAAUAAGGAAGGGCGAGAAGUUCUGUCGCUCCUCAAAAAAGCCUUUAACCAAAAACUGAUUUUUACAGUGGGACGGUCACGUACUACUGGUGCAGAAGGUGUUAUCACAUGGAAUGAUAUUCACCACAAAACUUCCAUGACUGGAGGACCUACCUAUUUUGGUUACCCUGAUCCUGAUUAUCUGAAGCGGGUUCGAUCAGAAUUGAAAGCCAAAGGAAUUGAAUAAAGACAUUUAUCAACUGUUGGCUCUGAAGUGUAAUAAUUGAACACAUACCAGGUAAUUUACUAUUUAAGGACUAAGAAGAAAGAAGUCAACUUUAUUCAGCUGCUGUACUAAGAAGAGAGAAGUCAACUUUGUUCAGCUUCCGUACUAAAUAACUUGUACUUUGCAGUCAGCUAAGAAAAGUGAUCUUUCAUCAAAUGAUACAUGUUCUUUACACAUAAUUUACUUUCUUGAAUAACACUUCCCUGUGUGAGUAACCUUUACAGAAUUUGGGUGUUGCGAGUGCAGCAUCAGUACUUGUUGCGCUUGUCAAAUACCACAUUGUGUGUCUUAUUUUACCAGUGAGUCUGAUCUGCAUUUUUUCCCACAAGUCUUCAGUCUGAUCACCAAAAAUAACACAUACACUACUAGCUUUUAUUCAAUUAAAUGCUUGGUUUAGCUUCGUGUUACUACUUCUUUCAUCAUGGAUAGCAUUGUGUAACCCAUCUGCUGCAAAAUUUUUAUGCAGCAGUUACAGUAUCAGCUGUGACCGAGCUAUGAUCUUUCGCUUCUUUUCCUUUUCAGGGUAGAAAUAGUAUUAGUGGUUUGGGUCUUAACCAUGAAAUUAGUAUGGUUGAUGUAUGAGGGGGUACAUGGAUGCUGCCGUGUUUUUAACCCUGCAGAAGUGCUGAAUGCGCAGAGCCACCUUAGAGCAAUUGUAAAGUAACAGUGCCUGUGGUUGGCUCUGGUAAUGGGGCCCUGGUUCUGUGCCUGCCAUCAUGCUUAAAUACAAUUUUUAACUUAGCUCUGGAACUAUAAAACUUCCACAUUCCAAUAUUCUUCCCAUUGUUUCCAAUAUAUAGUUUGUAUUAUAAAAAUACUUUGUUGGUACUCUGCAUUCUGUAAUUAGGCUGCUGAUUACCUUUGUGGUGGUGUGAAACAAAAUAGCUUUCUCUUAGUUCAACCAACUGUUAGUGAGUUAAAAAUAUUUCGUUAGGCUGUUGAAUAUAACCAAUAAAUAAAAUAUAAAAAUA